AUGACCGCCGGACUACUCUACGUGACCAUGCAGCCCAAGCCCAGCUUGUCGGCCUCGCAGUUCCACGACUGGUACAACAACGAACACGGUCCCUUGCGCCUGCGUCUGCCCUUUUUCCCCAAUGGAUUCCGCUACCGCGCAACCGACGCAGACUCGGACAGUCCCUACAGCGCGGACAAACACGAAUGGGUAGCUCUCUACGAUAUCAACAACUCGGCCGAGUUUGUGAAGCCGCCCUACACCACUCUCCGCGAGGAUACCGUCAAGACGGAGCGCGAGAAGGAGACCAUGGCUCAGAUUUCCGUUGAUAGACGCAUGUUUGACUUUUUGCGCGAGUGGAAGGCGCCAGACUAUAAGAAGCUCGAGGAUAUUGAUGCCGAGGGCAAGGGGAAUAUAUUGAUCACUGUCUGCUUCAAGAUCAAGCCCGGCACAGAGGAAAAAUUGAACAAGUGGUAUAACGAGGAGCACAUUGAUAUGCUGGCCAAAGUGCCCGGAUGGCGCCGCUCACGACGCUUCGUGACGUCGUCGGUCUUGAAUCCGUCAGACGACGAGAAGGAGUAUUUGGCGUUGCACGAGUAUGCGCCGGUAAAUGGCAUGGGAGGGCCCGAGUUCAAAGCCGCAACAUCCUCGGAUUUUGCAAAGGAUGUAUACGCUAAUGUGGUUUCGGGUCGUGUCAGACGAGUCUACGAGUGGUAUUACACCUUUGGUCCUGCGCCGAGAGACCUGAACUCGCUUUCCAUUGACCCAGCAUACACUGCCACAUUCUCCUCGCGCGAUGGCCUGACCAAAACUGUCACUGCAUCGCAAACCGCCAACAAACGCGCCGUUCUAGAAUCCUUCAUCACCACUCCCGAUGGCGUCCAGCUCCCAUUCAAACUCGAAGGAAGCCCCGACCCUGAAGCACCCCUGAUCGUCCUCGUAAACUCAAUCCUGUCUGACUGGGGCAUCUGGGACGAAUUCCUCGACCUCUUCUUCGCCAAACCCGAAAACCUGCAAAAAUUCCGUGUCUUGCGCUACCGUCCACGUGGACGCGCCAGCGAUCCUGGCAAUACACCCAUUACUCUCAACCUGCUCAGCCAAGACAUACUCACCAUCCUGGACGCGCUGCGAGUACGCAAGGCCGCAUCGGUGAUUGGCGUAAGUCUCGGCGGCGCAACAACGCUCAACCUCGCGCUGAAAGAGCCCUCGCGCGUGCAGAGCUUUAUCGCAUGCGACACAAACUCGCUUGCACCGCCGAGCAACCCAGCUGCAUGGGGCGAGCGCAUCGCACUCUCCGAAAACGAUCCGCAAGCACCAACCGACCAGACCACAGGCGCGCGGGUUGUUGGUGAGAAGCUCGCUGAAGCCACCACGCGCCGCUGGUUUGUGGCCGAGAGCUACGACGGCGGAGCACAGCAGGCGCGCGCAGAAAAGGUCAAACAAUACGUGUUUGACAACCAUCUCGAAGGGUUCAAGAAAAGUGUGCAGGCGUUAUAUACGUAUGAUUUGCGCGAUGCCAUGAAAGCCGGUACUGUUCGGGGCCUGUUUGCAGUGGGCGCUGGUGACGGCGUGUUGCCGCAGGGUAUGAAGAAGAUGGCUGAGGAGUAUGGCGUGGAAGGGACGAAGUUGGCUGUUGUGGAGGGCGCUGGGCAUUUGCCCAUGGCUGAGCAACCAGAGAGGUUUUUGGAGGUUGUCGAGGGGUUUUUGGGAUAG